AAUUUCUCAUUCUCUGCUGACUUACAACAGUCUGUAUCCAAGAUUGAAAAGGAAAUUAAAUUAUAACAACUCGAAUUUUUAAAUUUUAAAUAUUUUAAGCGCUACUUCAUUAAAGAGGUUUGGCUUGCAUUAAUAUUUCCAUCAUGCGGAACGACGUCGUAUCUUUUCGUGUGCAGCAAAUAUUGAACCAACCAGUUUUGCUGCGGUGUCAAGAGUUGACAAACCUAUUCAACGAGGUCGACUCAAAGCUGCUUAAAGAAUGCUACCCCGUUAUUCUGGAGAACAUUUUCGGUUCUCCCGGUUGGGGUCUACGCAUCACGGACAGGAAUGUUAUGUCCAUGGAGAAAGAAGCUGCGUUCAAAUUCCUCGACCCAAUGGGACCCCUCUUCGGACUCACCUAUAAACUGUGCAGCGAUUUUUACCUGAAAUACGAGCUUCCUCUUAGCCUCUUGCCUGCCAAGCUGACGAGGGACUUGGAGAAAGGGGUACUGAUCAACUCCUGGUACUGCGAAAGAAUAUUCGUGGACCCCCAAACGAGAAGGGCCACCGCCUUGAAACUCAAUCCGUUUGAGCUGCUGAUUUUCAGAUUCGCUUUGCACUUGAUUCCCCACACGCAACGAGACGUAUGGCUUGAGUCAAUGUACCUGCAGCUGGUGGAGAGAUACCUGUGCCACUUCCUACCCUGUCAGUUGCAGUCUGCGCCCGUUGAGCCGCACGUUCCUUACACGCCGCUCUCCAUCCAGGGAGCGUGUCUUUCACAACCUUCGGUCUACUGUUCUCCAGUCUCAAAAGCAUCCUUGUUGAAACCAGCUGGUACAUUUAAUCAGUCUUCAGGGACCACUGCAUCCCUGCACAGCCAGCACAACCCACUGGCCGAGAUUUGGCGCACAGUCCACAUCAUCCACAUUCUUAUGGACGUCUGGCUCAGCUAUGAUGACGAGAAAUCCAGCUUAAGUCCGUGCCUUACCAAGUCAAGCUCUGUGUCUUCAAUACCCAGCGCCGAGCACGCGAGGAUGGUCAGGGCCUUCUUAAAACACCUCCACUAUUUUUCUAAUAGUGCCUGUUCCACAAACCCUAGCGAUAUGGAUGAAAUGAAAAGGAUGGUGAUUCCUAUGUACAAAAGCAAAAUUUACCACUUCCUGUCUGGCUGCAUCAAAAGCUGGCCUUACGACCACUCGUUCAGAAUCAUCAUGGAGGCUUGGCUGAGCUACAUCCAACCCUGGCGCUACACCAACUACGCCAACUAUGGAAUUAGGGAGAACCACGAAAGUGGAAAACCUGUCGACAGGCGCUGGUUGACCUUUAUUGCAGAGCAUCUUCCCUUCUAUGGCUGUAUUUUCGAACAAAUUCUUCGCCGACUCAGCAGGAUUGACCUGUCCAUCCUGAAAAACGCGAUCAUGCUGCAUAGAGUUUGCAGGCUGAUUUCUCUGGAACAACUGAAAAGCAUCAUUAGUGAGGCGGAAGAAAGUCUGAAGCUGAAAUCAGUGGUGUCUCCGAAUUCAAGAUACAUUGACACAACCGCGGAUAACCCUGCCGGUCUGAAGAUCCAGGUGGCAGCCCAGUCCGCUAUUUCUGAACUUGAAGGACAGAUGUUUGUCUACAAACCCAUGUUCAGUCAUGAGAUCACUUACCAAGUCAGACACUUUCUCCGAGAGGUGGCGGUAUCAAGAACAAAAGCUGAGAGUCUGUUUGAAGAGCAGAAAAAGAAACCUCGCUCUGUCGGAUUUUGGGCAGUCAUCUUUGGCUUUGACGACGAGCAUGCUGAGGAAUACACGGUUGAUGAUCGACGCCGUGUUGUUGACAUUCUCAAGAACUGCUACGUACUAAUUUGCUCUGUAUUUGAGAUCCGAGACAUGGAGGCUGAGAGCGUGUCUGACAUACUGAACAGGAGCACCUUUUCUCCAGAUGAGUCAAGUUUGGGUGCCAGCAGACUUUUCGACAGCCCAUCUGGUGUUUCCCCUGUGGUACCAAAACCUUCUGGGGACCCGGAAAAGCGGCCCAUUUGUAGCUACGAGAUCGCCUGGCUGGUUAGAAUGUUCCACGACAUUUCCAGCCACUUCAAUAGAGAGUAUCACUUUGAAAUUCAAUCGGUGCACACACGGGAGGACCUUGUGGGGCGCGUGGCGCGACAAGUGCUGCAGCCGCCAACCACGAUAAGCGUCUACGAGCGCAACAGAGAGGGCUACAAAGUGCGCACGGAAAAGGUGCUUCCAGCCAGGCUGAGUCUGCGAGGCCUGGCCAACGCCAAGCUGCUCUUCUGGCUGGUUGUCUCUUGCAUUCUGGCCGCGCUAUUUGGUUUUCACUACAUCACUGGACUGUGCGUCCCUUUUCUUGCGUUUUGUGCUUACAUUUUUGUGGCGGCGCUCAGAGAUUGAAUUGGGACUCUCAAUCUACCUUCUAAAAUAUCAAAUUAUGAGGAGGAGACUUUUGAUUUAUUCACAACUUGACUUGUCACCAGAGGAGAACUGUAAUAUCAAUAAUAAAAUUUGCAUUACCUUAAA